AUGGCAACGGUGGAUCUAUUGUUCGUCAUCUUUGAGAUUAUACUCAGCAAAAUCAAAAAUGAUUAUUUCCCAGAAUCGUUCCUGGACAUUACUCCUGUUUGCAGUGUUCGCUAUGCCCUGCGCCGUGCAAUCAUAGACUGUUCUGUCUGGUUUACGAUUGUUUUCACUCUGGAUCGACAUGUCACAAUUUGUUGCGAAAAGUUGAAAACUAAAUUCUGUACUAAAAAAACUGCAACUGUGGUUUUGGCAAUAACUGGAAUCCUGUUGUGUUUGAAAAACAUUCCAAUCUACUUCAGAUUCCGGCCAUCAAUGAUUAUAGACGGCGUACCAUGGGGCUGUUCUAAUUCUUAUGCAUAUUAUUAUGACCCUGUGUGGAUUGGUUUUAAUGACUUUGAGAAGAUUUUAACUCCAAUCAUCCCAUUUGCAUUAAUUCUGUGCCUCAACGCAUUGACAGUGAAACACAUAUUCGUGGCCAGUCAAGUCCGGAAGGGUCUGAAGUGUCAGAGUAAGGGAGAAAAUCACAAAGACCCAGAGAUGGAGAAUCGAAAGCAGUCUGUCAUUUUACUCUUUUCGAUAUCUGGCUCCUUCAUUUUUCUGUGGUUAUGGUAUAUUUUGUAUUAUUUAGGUGUUCAUGAUCCUUUGGAUAACGUUGGCAAGUAUGCAUUUAAACAUGUUGCAUAUAUGUUACGGAAUUUGAACUGCUGCACGAACACAAUUGUUUAUGUAGCCACACUCGCCAAGUUCAGAGAAAAGCUCAGGAACCCAUUAGAAGCUAUUUUUGCAUGA